AUGGCAAGGGAUAUCGCGAUAACUACUUCAAGUGGAGUUGUGAAGAAGGGAUCAGUGGCAAGCGCGUCAGGUGGACCUCUGGCGAAGUUAAAGCGCAACCGAACUUGUUUCUGGGUACUUGGGGCUCUCAUUCUGCUAGUACUGAUCGGGCUCGGAGUCGGGCUCGGAGUCGGUUUAACUAGGCGAUCGAACGAUGAUGGUUCUGAUAAUACCGCAGAUAAUGCUACUGAUGGAAGAGAUAAGUCAGGCACGAUGAGCACUAGUCUAGGUGGUACCAGUUUAGGCACUACCGGUUUGAGCAGUUCCACUCGUUCGGGCGGGGUCAAAACUGUUACGGAAACAUACAAAGUCAGACCCUCACAAACUGGAACUGCAUCCCACUGGCAGCCAACGGCUGGGGAAACCUGGCAGAUAACCCUCAUUCGCCCGCCUAACAAUACCGACGAAAAUGUCGCUGCCUACGACAUUGAUCUAUUCGACAACUCACUUUCAUUUAUUGCAAGUCUCAAAUUGAAGGGUUACAAAAUUAUUUGCUAUUUUUCCGCCGGCUCGUACGAAGACUGGCGGUCAGAUGCGAAGAACUUUACCAGGAAGGAUUACGGCGAAGCUAUGGACGGCUGGGAAGGAGAAUGGUGGCUAGACACGAAUAGCGAAAAUGUCCGCAACAUUGUGUCGAAUCGGAUCGCCCUCGCACAGUCCAAAGGGUGUGACGCUGUUGACCCAGACAAUAUCAAUGGGUACCAGAACCCCACCGGUUUCAAUCUCACCGAAGACGAUGCUAUUUCUUUCCUUAAGUUCAUGGCCGAUGAAGCACAUGGCCGUGGAAUGGCCAUAGGACUGAAGAAUGGAGGUGCCAUAGUCGACGAUGUGGUAGAAUAUAUGGAUUUUUGUGUUCAAGAGUCUUGUGUAGCCUACGACGAAUGUGGUCCUUAUCGUGCAUUCCUCGAGUAUAAUUCCCCAGUCUUUCACCUUGAAUACCCGGAUGAAAGCAAGAUGACAGUUGCAGAAAUAUGUUCACCGGAUAAUGGUGCGCAGGGCUUUUCAACCUUGAUAAAGCAUCUUAUUCUCGACGAUUGGACAGAGUAUUGUCCGUAG